UACUGAGUUGAAAUGGCGCAGAAAGGAGUUCAACUCGACCAGGAAACUUUCUCUUGUUCGAUCUGUUUGGAUCUACUGAAGGAUCCAGUGGCUGCUACCUGUGGACACAGCUUCUGCAUGGACUGCAUUAAAACCCACUGGGACAAAGAGGAUGAGAAGAGAAUCUACAGCUGCCCUCAGUGCAGGCAUAGCUUCGCAUCAAGGCCUGUCCUGGUGAAAAACACCAUGUUGGCAGCUCUAGUGGAGGAGCUGAAGAAGACUGGACUCCAAGCUGCUCCUGAUGAUCGCUGCUAUGCUGGACCUGAAGAUGUGGCCUGUGACUUCUGCACUGGGAGAAAAAUGAAAGCCUGUGCGUCCUGUUUGCAAUGUCUGGCUUCUUACUGUGAGAAACACCUUCAGCCACACUUUGAAGUAGCUCCAUUAAAGAAACACAAGCUGGUGGAGCCGUCUAAGAAGCUCCAACAGAGCAUCUGCUCUCGUCAUGAUGAGGUGAUGAAGAUGUUCUGCCGCACUGACCGACAGCCUAUCUGUUACCUCUGCUCCGUGGAUGAACACAAAGGCCACGACAUGGUCUCAGCUGCAGCAGAGAGGACAGAGAGGCAGAAAGAGCUUGAGGUGAGUCGACAAACCAUCCACCAGAGAAUCCAGGACAGAGAGAAGGAUGUGAAGCUGCUUCAACAGCAGGAAGAGGCCAUCAAUCGAUCUGCAGAUGAAGCAGUGGAGGAGAGUGAGAAGAUCUUCACUGAGCUGAUCCUCCUCAUGGAGAAAAGGCGCUCUGAUGUGAAGCAGCAGGUCCAAUCGCAGCAGGAAACUGAAGUGAGUCGAGUCAAAGAGCUUCGGGGGAAAAUGGAGCGGGAGAUCGCUGAGCUGAAAAGGAAAGACGCUGAACUGAAGACGCUGGCACAAACACAGGAUCACAACCAGUUUCUACGUGACUUCCCUUCACUGUCACAGCUCAGUGAGCCUGCAGACCCAACCAGCAUCAACAUCCGUCCUCUGAGGUAUUUGGACAGUGUGACCGCAGCUCUGUCAGAAGUCAGAGAUGAACUACAGGACGCUCUGAGAGAGGAGUGGACAAAUAUCUCACAGACAGUGACUAAAGUGGAUGUUUUGUUGUCAGGAUCAGAGCCCAAAACCAGAGCUGAGUUCUUAAAGUAUUCAUGUGACAUCACAAUGGAUCCAAACACACUAAACCGAAAUCUUUUAUUAUCUGAGGGGAACAGAAGAGUGACACAUGUGGCUGAAAAACAGUUUUAUUCUGGUCACCCAGAUAGGUUCACAUUUUGGAGUCAGGUCCUGAGUAAAGAGAGUCUGACUGGACGUUGUUACUGGGAGGUGGAGAAGAGAGAAGGGCUUUGUGUCGCAGUCGCAUACAGCAGUAUCAGGAGAGCGGGGGUCUCCAAUCUUUGUGUAUUUGGACGCAAUGACAGAUCCUGGGCGUUAGAGUGUGACAAUAAAAGUUAUAACUUUUGGUACAAUAAUAUUAAAACUCCUGUUCGUGGUCCUCUGUGCUCCAGAUUUGGAGUUUACCUGGAUCACAGAGCAGGUAUCCUGUCCUUUUACAGCGUCUCUAAGACUAUGACUCUCCUCCAUCGAGUCCAAACCACAUUCACUGAGCCUCUACAUGCUGGACUCUGGCUCGGUUACUGCUCUCAUGGAGACGCUGCUGAGUUCUGUAAGCUGAAAUAGACAGAAGUCAUAUAAUCAGAAUCAUUUAUUGUCAUUGUAGAACGUACAACGACAUUGUUCCAUAGGGUUAACUUCUGUGUUUUGAUUCUUAAACUUAAUUUGAACCAAUAUUUGCAAUAUACUGCACACAAUUUUAGGAACUUCUUGCCACUUUCAACCCAUUUUCACCACUUUCUUUUCACACCUUUUUGCCACUUUAACCAUAUUUUCGGCACAUUUUGGUCUGUUUUUUCCCCCCAAUUCUGCCACUGUAUUAACACUUUUCUGUCACUAUUUUGCUCCUUUAAACCCACUUCUGACACCUACUUCCGCUUUUAACCUUUUUGGCUACCUAUUUUCCACCUUUGACUACUUAUUUAGCCACUUUUAGCUCAAUUUUUCCAUUUAUUUUUAUACUUUUAACCUCCUCUUGCCCCUUUUUGCAACUUUCAUCACCUUUGCCACUCUAAGACAAUUUGGCCACCUCCUUUCAAUUUUAACCCAUUUUCUCCAUAUUUUGCCUUUAAACCACAUUUUGCCAUUUUAAAUCAAUUUCUACCACUUUUUGCCCAUUUAGACCCAGUUCUGCCAUCCUUUUCAAGUCUUCACAAAGUUUUGCAACUUUUCUAACCACUUCUAACCUCAACUGCCACUUUUUUUUGCAACUUUUAACCCAUUUUCACCACUUUCUCCCUAUUUAUAGCACUUUUCCCUCACUUUUCACCCAUUUUCAUAACUUUUAACACUUUUUCUUUUCAUUUUUGCCUUUUUAAACACAGUUUUAGCACUUUUAAGCAAUUUAGUCCCUUUUUGCCACUUUGAACCCAUUUUAGGCACUUUUUACACAUUCAACCUACAUUUGCCCCAACUUUCACCGCAUUUUUGCCUUUUUUAAAAUCCAUUUCUACCUCCUUUAUGGUACGUUUUUCCCCGUUCAGCCCAUCCCUCUCAUCUAUUUCCACUUUUGACCCAUUUUCAUCACUUUUGUAUCUACUUCCAAUCUCCUUUUGACACUUUUUUUGCAACUUUUUCAGGACUUAUUUGCCACUAUUAACACCUUUAUGCAACUUUUAACACCUUAAUGCCAAUUUUCACAAUCUAAGCCACUUUUUGCCACUUCUAAUCCAUUUUCACAACUAUUUGGCCACUUUUAACCCAUCUUGAACACGUCAUGGUCAUUUUUGUGUCAUUUUGCAAUUAUUUAAUUAUUUUUGAACCAAAGUUGUCAGACUUUC